AUGGAUACAGAUUCUGAGUACGAUGACUCUUUAGUGAUGAUUACAAGAGUCUAUGAGCUAGGAGUCGACUCGGAGUUAUGCAAUACGUCGAGCACGUAUCGCAACGGUGCUCGUAUAACACAAAUUGUCCCGGGAUUUGUUCUAGGAAAUGCCACAGCCAUGGCCGACCCGAAGAUGCUGCAGGAACGUCAUAUAGACGCCAUCAUUUCUCUUCCACCAAAGAACUCUAAACCUGCUCAGCGAUUCGAACACCGCAAGUCGGAAAUACGAGAUAUCAUCCCGGAAGAUCGCCGCCAGUGGAUUGAAUGCUUUGACUCAUCGACACAAGAUCUUCUGAUUCACAUGAGUGAUAUUUGCGACUUCAUCGACAAGAUGGCAUCUCCAGAGCUUUCCCUUUUAUCGUCGAUAUCGAUACCUGUGAAGACUUGGCAAGUGAACGAGCCUAGUCAAUCUACUGUGUUUGAGGUACCAGGAAUCCCAGCAGCCCCAGCACCCAACCCCACUGCAGCGGUAUUGAUUCAUUAUGCGGCUGGGAAAUUACGCUCACCCACGAUAGUGAUCGCAUAUCUUAUGCGGAAGCUGCGAAUUCCCUUUGCCGAUGUCAUCACCUUCGUCAAAAGCAAGCAGAAAGUGAAGCCAAAUCCGGAAUUUCGUCGCCAACUGCAAGUGUGGGAGCAGGUAGAGUACUGUGUUUGGGAAGACGAGUAG